AGACAUUUUGUUCCGGCUUCCCAGCUGAGUGGCUCUUGUCAGUCAACCAACUGAAGCCCGUGCACCCCCACGCGUUCACACUCGCUCUAAUCAUCUCCGCAAUCGCGACGGCCCUGCGACCUCCGCCCAUGGCGGCUACAACUACAAGUAGCAGCAGCGGCGGCGGCAACCGGAUCUGGACCUCCUCACUCGCCGUCCUCGCGCUCGCCGUCGCCCUCGUCUCCCUCCUCUCCCUCCGCGCGCCGCCACCUGCUGCGCCCAGCAUGGCCGACGACCUGCCCACCUCCGUCCACGACAUCUCCGUCAAGGAUAUAAAGGGAAAUGAUGUGAAGCUGAGCGAGUAUGAGGGGAAGGUUCUUCUUAUUGUUAAUGUGGCCUCAAAAUGUGGCUUAACAAAUUCCAAUUACAAGGAGUUGAAUGUCUUGUACGAGAAAUACAAAGAAAAAGGCCUUGAGAUACUCGCAUUUCCGUGCAACCAAUUUGCUGGUCAAGAGCCUGGCAGCAAUGAAGAGAUUGAGCAAACAGUUUGUACCAGAUUCAAAGCAGAAUUUCCUAUUUUUGACAAGAUUGAUGUUAACGGGAAGGAGGCCGCACCGCUAUACAAGUUCUUGAAAUCACAGAAAGGUGGAUUCCUUGGUGAUGGCAUCAAAUGGAACUUCACGAAGUUUCUCGUUGGUAAAGAUGGCAAGGUUGUUGAGCGAUAUGCCCCGACGACUUCUCCAUUAAAGAUUGAGAAUGAUAUCCAGAAGCUACUUGGGACCUCGUAACUUAUUAACACGGAACACAUAUGUGUAUGUCAUAUGUUGUAUAAUUGUUUGAAAAUUGUCUAUGUUCGUAAGAAUGUGGUUUGCUUCUUUUAGACGCAGAAAAUGUUCUUUGUGCAUUACAACUAUUCUGGAGUAGGAAUUAAUCUCGAUGUUGUCAGGUGACCUACCAGGGUUCAGUUUCUAAA